AUGUAUGUGUGUCUUUUUACAGGUCUGUACUAUGGUUGUUGGAUUUCACAACAGUUAAUUCGUUCGAUCAAUGAAGGAGAACUUCUAAUAACUGAUGAUGAAAAUGAUGCGGACACGCUUGAUACUCUUCUUUUUGACUUUGAGAGGUGGCCUUUUGAUAAUGAACGAGAACCUCAAUUUGAAAAAUACUGUGCGUGGCUCAAACAACACCUUGUUCGACAACAUCCUUGCAUUAUCGCCGUUUAUGUUGAUGAUGCAGAUGACAAAAGUGAUGAAUAUGAUCAUAUUAUGCCUGCAAUUGGAAUUCAAUAUAGUGGAACAGAUCAUGUAUACAAUCCACAAGAUGUAAUUCUAUUCUACAAUUUGUUCGAUUUGAAGCUUCUCGAACGACAACUGAGCAAAAAAGAUAUGAUUAAAACAAGAGGUGCAUGCAAGAACACAACGGACACUGGCGGUUGUCUUCCACAGCAAAUCAACUAUGGCUAUGCUAUUUUAGGCAUUAAAGAUGAGCAACAGGUAACCGUGCCGGUUCGCCUUAAAGUCAACUUGUCAAACGAACCAAACGUAUCGAUGGGUGCUGAUCCAGUUAUAAUGCAAGGUACAGUCGUUGUGCUCGAUCUUGUACCCGAUCGAAAUUAUGUUCUUCUGCGCUAUAAUUCUUACAAACAAGUACCAAAGUCAGGUGAUACUCAAGCGUUUCUUCGUUCUAAUUAUCAUAAGCAUCAUGAGUUUCGAGCCGAUAGUUGCACUUACACGUACGUCGAUCCAGAAGGAAUUCCAUCGAACGGUUCAACUUACUACCGUUGUGUACCUGCCUGA